AUACAAUUUAGUCCCAUCAAUUCGGGCUUAAUACUUGCAAUUUUAGCCCAUUACUUAUUUUUUAGUUUCAGUUCCCUCCAAUCAUUUUUUAGAAUUCAUUGAUUGAAUAUUUCUGUCACACACUUCUCUAGGCAACACCAGAAAAACCCUAAUUCGUAGAUUUCCACACUCGAAUUGUUGUUCAGCUUGCGACUCCAAAGGUCAGUCACCUUCUUCUUUCAACUCUUCAACAGUAAUAUCUAUAAUAUGAUGCAAAAGGUUUUGGUGGUCUUUUAGUUACUAUAUCUUGGUUUCUUGGCUACAAUAUCGUUUCUAAAUUGUGACCGUAAAGUCUUUAUAAUGAAGCUACAAGUGAGAAUUGUUACAUUCUUGCGAUUAAGACUCUAAAUUGAGUUAAAAGAGAAGGGGGUUUUGAUACAAAUCUGGUACCUUUGAAGUAUGCUGAGUAACUUUUGUAUUAGCGUUUCAAAUUGAGGGAUAAACUCGAGAGAAUGAUAGUAGUUAGUUUGGUGGGUCUCUUGGAACUGAUAGGUGAGAAAUACCCAUCUGAUAGAUGUUUGAUUUUAAUGAGUUUGUGGCAUUAGAAAAGAUAUGUGUAAUGGUUGUUGUGAUGUUAAGCACUCCGUGCAUGACGCUAUUCUGCUUGGAAUUGAUAUGCUUAUAAUAUGGAAGAUCAACAUAUGAGCUUGUGUUAGUAGGAGUGUAGUUUGUAACACAAUGGAAACCCCGGGUCAAGAAGGAUCAGUUAGGAAGAGGUCCUUGAGGAAGAAAGCAGGUUUGCGGAAUUACGAUGAGAAUUUGAUGGAUGAGUUGAUAGAGAAUCAUUUGGGUGGUUCUUUCAAGAAAAGGAAUAAAACUAGAGAGGAUUUGGAAAAAGAGACGGAAACUGAGGCUAUGAUAGCAAUAUCUCUGGGAUUCCCAAUUGAUGCGUUACUCGAGGAUGAGAUUAAAGCUGGGGUAGUAAGAGAAUUAGGUGGAAAAGAGCAGAAUGAUUAUAUUGUUGUGAGAAAUCAUAUCCUUGCAAAGUGGAGAAGUAAUGUGAAGAUAUGGCUGUCAAAGGGACAGAUUAAAGAAACUGUGAGCAAUGAGUAUGAGCAUUUGAUUUCUUCUGCUUAUGAUUUUCUUUUGUAUAAUGGAUAUAUCAAUUUUGGACUUUUAUCAUCACAUGCGAACCCAAUGCCAGAGUUGAUGAAUGAUAAGUCUGUUAUAAUUGUUGGCGCAGGACUUGCUGGUUUAUCAGCAGCAAGGCAGCUCAUGUCUUUUGGUUUCAAGGUGGUUGUUUUAGAAGGUAGGAAUCGUCCUGGAGGGAGAGUAUAUACUCAAAAAAUGGGUAAAAAGGGCCAAUUUGCUGCUGUGGAUCUUGGUGGCAGUGUAAUUACUGGUAUGCAUGCUAAUCCUCUGGGAGUUCUUGCUAGGCAACUUUCUAUUCCACUACAUAAAGUCCGGGAUAACUGUCCAUUAUACAAACCAGAUGGUGCACCUGUUGAUAAGGAAGUUGAUUAUAAGAUUGAAUUUAUCUUCAAUAAGUUGCUCGACAAAGUCAUGGAACUUAGACAAAUAAUGGGUGGAUUUGGAAAUGAUAUUUCUCUAGGUGCAGUUCUGGAGAGACUCAGUCAAUUGUAUACUGUGGCUAGAACUAUAGAAGAGAGGCAACUGCUUGAUUGGCACCUUGCCAAUUUGGAAUAUGCAAAUGCAGGAUGUCUAUCAGAUCUGUCAGCUACAUACUGGGAUCAGGACGAUCCUUAUGAAAUGGGUGGGGACCACUGCUUUCUAGCUGGAGGGAACUGGAGAUUGAUAAAUGCACUGUCUGAAGGGGUUCCUAUAUUCUAUGGAAAGACUGUGAACACUAUUAAGUAUGGGAAUGAAGGAGUUAUGGUGAUUGCUGGUAGACAAGUGUUUGAAGCAGAUAUCGUACUGUGCACUGUGCCUCUUGGAGUCUUGAAGAAAAAGACCAUCAACUUUGACCCAGAGUUACCCAGGAGGAAGCUUGCAGCGAUUGAUAGAUUGGGUUUUGGACUGCUUAAUAAAGUGGCAAUGGUUUUCCCCCAUGUUUUCUGGGGGGAAGAAUUGGAUACUUUUGGAUGUCUCAAUGAGAGUAGCAAUAAACGUGGAGAGUUCUUUUUGUUCUAUGGUAACCACACUGUUUCUGGAGGUGCAGUUCUUAUUGCAUUGGUGGCUGGAGAAGCGGCACAAAUUUUUGAGAACACGGAUCCAUCUACUUUACUCCACUCUGUUUUAAGUGUCCUGAGAGGCAUAUACAAUCCAAAAGGCAUUAAUGUUCCUGAUCCCAUACAAACAAUUUGUACAAGAUGGGGUAGUGAUCCUCUAAGUUAUGGUUCAUAUUCUCAUGUUCGGGUACAGUCAUCUGGCAGUGACUAUGAUGUGCUCGCAGAAAGCGUUAGGGGCCGGCUAUUUUUUGCCGGUGAGGCGACAACUAGGCAGUAUCCAGCCACAAUGCAUGGUGCCUUUUUGAGUGGUUUAAGAGAAGCUUCUCGCAUUUUAAGAGUCAGUAGAAGCUGGCAAAUUAAUUCAAGGAAGUCCAUGCAUAGGAAUGUCGGACUGAGCAAUGAUGCAUUGGUAGAUCUAUUUAGGAGACCUGACCUUGCAUUUGGAAACUUUUCAUUCAUAGAUAAUCCUUUGAUAGACGACCCAGAAUCAAUGGGCAUUCUGAGAGUUACAUUUGAGAAUAGCGGAGAUGAUCUGAAGAAGGAACUAGAGAAUAGGCAUCAAAAUCCCUGGAACCUACCAUUGCAGCUUUUUGUAGUAUUAUCCCGUCAUCAGGCACAUGAUCUACAGCUGAUGUCAGGAAGUAAUGAAGACAAGUUGUCAUAUUUGAUUAAGAACAUGGGCUUGAAACUGAUGGGUCUUACUGCUCUGGUAAAUGCUAGUGCUUCCUUGAUUUCUAGCAUUAUCAAUGCACGAAGAGGGCGGGGCAGGAAGAUAAUUGCUGGACAACAAAGCGGCAUAUAGAGGUACUACCAUCAGUGAUUUUUCUUUUUAGCAAACCUCAGCUCCAUGAAGUGGAUCCGCUGGGUCUUUCACAUCUGUAUAUAAUCUAGCUUUGUAGUGUUAUUCUUCUACUCCAAGAGAGACCGACUCUUGGAGUUUGACUAGGAUGUCCAUUUGUGUACUUGCUUACAGUGAAACAAUCUUUUAAUCUGACCAUGACCAGCUUAGUGGAUAAACAGAGCCAUGUAGAUGCACCUCAUCUUAGUUUAGGAUGAAGCAUUGCAGAAAGAAAAAGAAGAGGAAAACAUGUUCUGUUUGUGGGAACUUCUGCUCUGCAAAUGCUUGUAUUUGUACACUAGAUAGAUGUGUCUUAGCUUAAGAUGCAUUGUCUUUUUAUGUUAAUGAAAUUCAGAAAAGUAUCUGGCUUGAUAGGAA